AGAUGCACAGAACACAAACCCAGUACGACAAUGCCUUUAUCUUCAAGGUGUUCAUCUUCCAGUUUGUCAACUUCUACUCGUCCCCUUUCUAUGUAGCUUUCUUUAAAGGAAGGUUUGUGGGGUACCCUACCAACUACGGGACCUUGUUUGGGAUGAGAAAUGAAGAUUGUGGACCCGGGGGCUGCCUCAUUGAGCUGGCUGAGCAACUCUUCAUCAUCAUGGUGGGAAAGCAGCUCAUCAACAACAUUCAGGAGUUCAUUAUCCCGUAU